AUGCCAAGAAAGAUAGACCCUUUGGAACUAAUUCUAAAAAAAUCAUCACCUUCCGCUUCUACCGGUAAAAAUGGUGUCAAAAUCAUAGGACCCAUGGUUAGGUAUUCUAAAUUGCCAUUCAGAGCAACAUGUAGACAAUACAAUGUGGAUAUGGUUUAUACACCUAUGAUUUUAGCCAGAGAGUUUGUUAGAAAUGAACAUGCUAGAUUUGUAGAUUUUGCCACCAAUAAGGAAGAUUCGCCACUAAUAGUUCAAGUUGGUUGUAAUAAUAGCACAGAUUUAUUAAGAUUUGUUGAAUUAGUCAAAGAUUAUUGUGAUGGAAUAGGUAUUAAUUGCGGAUGUCCUAUAAGAGAACAAGUUAAUGAAGGGAUUGGUAGUGCUUUGAUUUAUAAUCCAGAAUUAUUGUGUGAAAUGGUUUCUAAUGUAAAAAAUAAGUAUGGGAAUUCUGUUAGGUUGGAAACUAAGAUUAGAAUACAUGAAAAUUGGGACUCAACUGUUGAUUUAUGUAGAAAGUUGUGCAGCGCUGGCGUUGAUUGGAUAACAAUACACGGCAGAACUAGAUACACAAGAACCAGAACUCCGAGUAAUUUAGAUGCUAUUAAAUAUAUAAGGGAAAGGGUACCUAUGUCGUUGCCUAUAAUUGCAAAUGGCGACUGUUUUUCCUCAACAGAUUUUGAUAGAAUUAUGAAAUAUACUAAUGUGCAAGGUGUUAUGGCCGUUAGAGGUGCAUUGAGGAAUCCAGCUAUUUUUACAGGUGUGAAUAAAUGCCCUUGGAGUUGUAUUGAAUGGUUUUGGUAUUAUGCUAUGGAAUAUGGCUUACAUUAUGCACUAUUACAACAUCAUUUGUUUUGCAUGCUAGAAAAUAGUGGGUUGGAUAAAGAUUUAUUAAAAGAACUAAUGGAUUGUAGAAGUUCUUUUGAACUAUUAGAUUGGUUUGAUGAUAAAUUUGUUUUGAAAAGAAAUGGUGAGGUGGGUUUUGGUGAAGGUGUAGAAAUACCAUAUAAGUGA